AAAAAGCCACAACCGAGAGCGUUCGCAGCCCGCUGAUGUACCGCUCGCUCAAAAAUGGAGAGUGACACCACUGUCCGGAGAAUAAAGCCUCUGGGCUCUCAACUUUACGCGGCCCAGGACCACGACGGAACCCGGAACCGGUGCGGGGAUAACGGCUACAGCGGAGACCCGAAGAGAAAGCCCGAAGUGAGCCUGUACUUACUGCGGGAAGGGCUCGCAGCUUGCCUGGUGUCUGUGUUUAUUUUGGUGCUGUGGGGACUCGUUCACUUGUCUCUGCAGCAGCUUGUCGUUGGGGAGCCCACCGGGGAGUUUAACGCAGAGAGGGCCAGACGGCACCUGGAGCAGAUCACCAGUGUUGGCCCGCGUCCAGUGGGCAGCCAGGAGAAUGAGGUCCUGACCGUGGGCUACUUGUUAGAGCAGAUAGAGAUCAUCCGGGUCAAGACGGCGGCCGGCCCUCACCAGCUCACGGUGGACGUGCAGCGACCAACGGGCUCUUUCUCCAUUGACUUUCUUGGAGGCUUCACAAGCUUCUACGACCAUGUGACCAACAUCGCGGUCAGGCUGGAGCCUAAAGGUGGCAGCCAGCAUCUCAUGCUCGCCAACUGCCACUUUGACACAGUGGCCAAUAGUCCAGGUGCCAGCGAUGACGCUGUGAGCUGUGCAGUAAUGCUGGAAGUCCUCCAUUCUCUGGCCAACUUGUCCACUCCUCUUCACCAUGGUGUGAUAUUCCUGUUUAAUGGAGCAGAGGAAAAUAUCCUGCAGGCCAGUCAUGGUUUCAUUACCCAGCAUCCUUGGGCUAAGCAGGUGCGAGCCUUCAUUAACUUGGAGGCUGCAGGUGUCGGGGGCAAGGAAGUCGUUUUCCAGACGGGUCCUGAGAACCCGUGGCUGGUCCAGGCCUACGUUCACGCAGCCAAACACCCCUUUGCCUCGGUGGUGGGUCAGGAGGUCUUUCAGAGUGGGGUUAUUCCCUCUGACACAGACUUCCGCAUAUACAGGGACUUCGGUAACAUACCAGGCAUUGAUCUGGCUUUCAUUGAAAAUGGUUUCAUCUACCACACAAAGUAUGACACCGCCAACAGGAUCCUGACGGACUCCAUACAGAGAGCCGGUGACAACAUCCUGGCGGUUCUCAAGCACCUGAUGAUGUCCGAGAAGUUGGCUGAUUCCUCACAGUAUCGCCACGGCAACAUGGUGUUUUUUGACCUGCUGGGGGUAGUUGUGGUGGCUUAUCCAGCUCGUGUAGGAACCAUCCUAAACUACAUGGUGGCCAUAGCAACUUUUGUCUACCUAGCCAAGAAGGCCUCCCUGCCCGGCAACAGAGAAAGAAAAACGAAUAUCAUAAAAGCCAAUCCAAUUUUGGGCUCGGGGCUCAGGUCUCAGGGCUCAGGGCUCAGGUCUCAGGUUGUGGUCUUGAAAUCUCUGGAGAAAAGUGGGCGUUAUGUCCGUGACCUGGCCUACGCCACAGGCGUGGCGUUGCUAAGCUGGUUCGUCACUUUGCUGUCGGUGCUGAUUGUUGCCCUCCUCGUCACGCUCAUGGAUCGGUCUAUGUUUUGGUACACACACUUUUAUGCCUCCAUCUGCCUGUAUGGAGCUGCAGCCACAGGAAAGAUGAUCCUUAUCCACACGCUAGCCAAGAACCUGUACUACGGGGGCGUGCGGCUGGUGGAGCUGGGCGAUCUGUAUUUUGACGUCAGCCUGCUGCUGUGGUGCUGCAGUCUGGUGUGGCUGACCCAGCAGGGCCUGUGCUCGGCCUACGUGCCCAUGUUGAUGGUGGCUUUCCCCCUCGCCACCAGAUUGCUGCUGGCAAAAGAAUUUAAACACAAAGGGGCGUCAUUAAAAUACUGCGUGCUGUAUCUUCUGGGACUGGGGUUGCCAUAUGUCCACUUCAUGUUUCUCAUCUGGGUGGUGUUUGAGAUUUUCACACCCAUCAUGGGCCGCAGUGGAACAGAGAUACCCCCUGAGGUUGUAAUGGCCACAUUAGUCACCCUGGCAACCAUCUUCCUCUCCUCCUUUUUUCUCCAUUUCAUCUACUUGGUGAGAGGUACAAAGUGGAUCCUGGCUGGGCUGGGCUCCGUCUUCCUCAUCGUGUUCCUGUUGGUGUCUGCCGGCCUCUUCUUUCCUUAUUCAGGCAAUCCUGACAGCCCCCGGCCUAAAAGAGUCUUCCUGCAGCAUACGACUCGGACUUUCCACAAUCUCCAGGGCCAAGUGGAGAGCCAAGACUCUGGUCUGUGGAUAAACAGCUUCGACUUCACAGGCAUACAGCACAUCACUCCCCACAUUCCUGAGAUCAACGACAGCAUUCGAACGCGCUGCCGGGAGGACCGGCCCUUCUGCGGGUACCCCUGGUUCCUGCCUGUGAAGUUCCUCAGCAGGAAGAACUGGUAUCUCCCUGCAGCAGAGGUGUCUCCCACUUCCCCCGUGGAAUUCAGACUGCUGUCCAAAGAGGAGACGAGCUGGGGAACCGUCAAGAUGACGUUCAGCGUGAAAGGACCCAGCCACUUGUCUCUGUACCUGAUGCCCCACAGGGGGGCCAGCCUCUCCACCUGGUCAUUUGGAGAUGGAACGCCCCAGUUUGACCUGAGCGGGGAAUAUUUCAUCUUCUAUUCCCAUGGCCUUAACGCUCCCACAUGGACCUUCUGGUUUGAAAUUCAGCCCCCCAGGGAACCAGACCCGGCCGGCCCUGAGGGGAUGAUCUCCGUCGCCAUAUCCUCCCACUAUUUCUUUGGGGAAGACUGGAGGACUGCUCAGCUGGAGGAAAUCCUGGGCCGGUUUCCCACAUGGGCCUUUCCCUCCUCCUGGGUCAGCACCUACGACAUGUACCGAUACUGAGGCUGCUGCCCAGGGUCCGAGGGAGGUCCCCCCCCCCCCUAAGACUUUUCAAAGAACAAUACCCAGGCCCGGUCCUGCUGCCUUUUUCACACUGGCACAAACACACACUCAAACACACACACACACACUCAUGCUCCGUCCCAGGCCGCCUGAGAGACCAUCACUGUGUCAGUAGGCUUAGCGGCUCACUGAGGGGGGAGAGCUGUGAGCCGAGCAGUCCGCCAGCAGACCGACACCCGGACUGCCACCAGCUCUGCUCACUCCUCAGUUUGUGAAACAAACAACUUUAGUUUUUAAUUUAGUUUUUUUUUUUUUUUUUUUUUCUACUCAAUCAGUUGUGCCUUUGCUUUCCUUACCCCGUGUCACCGCUUUCUACACUUCUGAUCUGACUCACUUCCUCCCAAACUUUCCCCCUCAUGCUAGGGCUUCUACUGAAUGAUCAGCCGUUGCAUGUCCCCCCCCCCCCUCUACCAGCGAACCACUCGGGCUGCGUCUGACUCGGCGUGUGUCUGUCUCCUUCUGCUCCACCGCUGAAGGCACACUGAUGGCUACAUUUGGGAUGGACUACAUGAGACCUUCCUCAGGUCGUCUCCUCUCUUAACUGGAACUUCUGCGCACAUGUCAUUUUAGGAGCACGUCAUUCCUUACAAAAUGGCAGUAAAACGGCACCUGCUCAAACUAGCAAAAGUCAAAGGAAAAACACUCUGCGGCAGUCGAGAUGUCAAAGUCCCCCUUAAAGAGUAGAUCCUUUUGAAUACUGAGGGUUUUAUUAAGUUCUUUAGGUUUUUUUGUUUGGUUCCCCCCCCCUCAUCAGCUUCUGGGAUCUCACUAAAAUGAGAUGUGAUUUUGAACUCCUGGUUAAACGAGAUUAGAAUUCACAAAGAACUGAGGGGAAAUCUGUCAUUUGAAUUUAGUCGGAGUCUUACUGGUGGAAAACGUCACCUCACUUGCUCUCAUAGGCUUUACCAGUUAGAUUUGUUGUUGUUUUUUUCUCCAAAACGCAGCCGUGCUGUGAGCGUCUCCGGCAGCCCCAGUGGAGGUCUGUCAGAGAGGAGAACACAGGAGCUCAGGUGUGUCACAGGAGGCUUAACAGCUGCCGCUUUGAGAACGGUUUUAGUCCCCUUUCAAGCUGAAAUGACAAGGAUCAGUUGCUCGUGCUCAGUUGUGAAAUCAAAUGAGAAGCCUUAGGUUUUAACUUCUGCUCUUUGUGUGGGAGGCUGAGUUGAACACAAACAUACUGGAGCAGCAAAGGCUCCGGCACUGAACGCAGUUGGGUUAAAGGCGACGGUUAAGGUUCAGGAUGUUUGGUGGUAACUUCGUAAGUUUAAUUAUUUGGGUCACUGGGUAUCGGUUUUAAGAAAAAAAAGACAAGUAAAAUAGCUCCAGCUGGAAAUGAAGCCUCGACUUUUUUUUCUAAAUAGGGCGGUUCGUAUAUUAAAUGUAUUUUAGCUGUUAGUGAUGGCAUCAGAUUGCUAAUCAGUUGGCCCCUUCCCCUUAAGUCCCAUCUCCCAUUUCAAAUAGAAUCUGUAAGAUGAAGAAAUCCCAAAUAAUAGAUUUCAGUGAAUUAUUUGUCAGCCACUUACUCGCGUAGAACAUGACAGAAUGCAGUUUAAUUGAAUUAUUUGUGCAAUUAUAUUUGAAUCCAGCCUACUAAUAUAUUUUAUCCAUAAAAUAACUUUUAACUUUAAUUUCUUUAAUAAAUUGAAGACUAGAUGCAUUUCCCAUGUUUACAGUUUACAUGAUGUUGUAAUUUGAUAUUAUUCUCUAAGUAUGUGAAAUUUGGUUUCUAUGCCAUGUUCAGCCUGAUUGAAUCAUUCAGCUACAGAUUACCUCCAAUGUUAUAUAGAUUUCUUGCUGUUUGCAAAGCCUCCAUAUUGUUUUUUUUAUCUGCUGUAAGAGUUUAUCUUUGACACCGACAGAGACGCUCAGCUUUUCCAGUUGAAUUGGCCAAACUGGAGAUAAAAAGCCCCGGUGUUCCUAACAUUUGGUACGUCUCAUGUAAGGGAUAACUGUUUCAGAACUACAGCAAUAAGUUUAUUGUCAUGAGUUUGGAGUCUGUUGCAGUGCUUUGGGAAAACAGGCCGUAAUGAGGACGGGCAGCGGUGCACUGGUGCUGCUGGACCUGCAGCGCCUCCAUGUUUGCUGUUGUGAAUGAUUACAAACUGUCACACACAGGCAUGGGGCCAUGUGACAUCAUACCAACCACUACCUCCACAGGGAUCUGACCGCAGCGUCCAGCACCCAGGGAACAGUUCUGAAAGCCUCCAGGCUGACUGUUAACACAGACAGUUGAGUCUGGCUAACCGAUGCUAGUUUGUCGGGUUCUGUGUGACAUCGACGCUCAGUUGUGGGAGAUUCAGCUGGACAUGACUUUGGUGGGUGGGGGGUGCUUACGUGUUGUUGACUCCACCUUUUUAUGUAACCAAAGGUUGAGUCCAGUUGUAAAAAAACAAACAAAAAAAACGUUGGUAGUCU